AUGGGGGUAAUCGCCGCGUUCGGCAUUGCCGAGGAGGGAGAACCUUCCUACGAACAGUUCUCUUACCUCUACAGCAUUACUAGGUCGAAGAGUACUGACCAUGGUGGCUGGGUUCAGGCCAAUUGCUUGAAGGCUUCCGAAUGCAGCCAUUUUGUCAGUGCCGUGCCGACCUCUCAGAAGUCGUGGAGGAAUCGGCGGGUGCUCCUUUCUGGCGACUGGGAGUCGCCGUCGGGACAGCCUGUCCGCUUCCACAUCCCCACUACCUUCCAAAUAGCGGGUAGGUUGACGUACCGUUCGCAGCCGAGUCCUACGCAGUCUGAGAUUCGGCAGAUCGACAGGGUGAAGUUGAAGGUCCCUGCCGUCGAGAGGGUGUACCCCCAGUUUCUCUUCACCGCGAAUUUGGUUGAAGCCAAACUUGCGAAUCCUACCGAAAUGACGAAAAAGAAGAAAGCUGCCGAGUCGAGAAGAAUGAACGAAUCCUUCAAGGGGCGCCUAAUGAUGGGACUGCAAGGGAAAAAGGCGAAACGGCAGGCAGAGGCAGUGCAUGUUCCGUCGGCGGGGGUUGAUCCGAAAGAUCAAACCCUUGCCGAUUGCCUGAGACAACUCAACACCGGGACAACGUCUGUUGGUGCGGCAGCGGUCGGCUCUACGCCGAGGCGGGGGCAGACUACCGACGCCUCCUUCUCCAAGGCUGAAGGUAAAAGGCCGAUGACGGUGGAUAUGGAGGCGGAGCUGGUGCCCAAGUGGAGUUGGCAGGAGGAGGUGCCGAGGGUUACCCUUGCCGCCAAGGAUGAUGAGAACCCGGCGGAGCCAAUCACGAUUGCGUGUCCGUCGAAGGCAGUCCAGUUUGCGAACCACAUGAUCCUUGGUUCGCAAAUUGAGCUGUCCGAGAUCGAGGAGCUACCGAAGAAGCUCCUACGGGAGGAAGCAGGGCGUGCCUCUCCGUCUCCAAGCCUUCGGUUUGCUUCGAUGGACAUGUGGUUGUGCAUGCGGCGGGCCAUCAAUGCUGCUGAGCGCGCCAAGAAAGCCUACGAGGAUGGCCGGGCCAAGGUUGCUGAGGUUGGCAAAGCUCUCCAAGACCACGCUCAUCUCGUCAAGGAUAUGCAGGCUGCCGAACGGCAAGUCAAAGCUUACGAAGCCAAGUUUGCUGAGAUGACGGCGGCUCUGGAGGGUGCAUAG